UCCACGUGAAAGUUGUUUUUGUAUGGAAAUCAAACUUWKKAAGACAUAUUCAUGCUUKUAGACACUCUAAAAAGACAUUAUUUCAACGUCCAACGAUUUUUUGYCAUCUGAAGAAUAUCCUAAAGCUGAUUUUGGGGCAAAGUUUAGUUCGAGCUUGCUUUGCAAGCAAUGUUAAUUGUCUUACGCAAUUCAGAAGAUCUUGGUGCAACAUUAACAGUAUAAGAAAUUAUAGAAAUACGAUCAGGCCUAAAGAAAGAGCAUUCUGUACCAUGGGUCAUGACAGCAAAAAUAGCACCCUUGAUGAGAGAUAUACUGACAAGUACAUUCUUGCACCAAUGGUACGGAUUGGAACUCUACCGUCAAGACUUUUAGCAUUACGGUAUGGUGCCGAUCUUGUCUACUCUGAGGAAAUUAUUGAUUUUAAGAUACUCAAGACUACAAGAAUUGAAAACAAACGUUUGCAGACGGUUGACUAUGUAAUGGCAGACGGAACUGUGGUCUUCAGAACAUGCAAAGAAGAAAGUGAUAAAGUGGUCUUUCAAAUGGGUACUGCUGACCCAGAAAGAGCUCUUAAAACAGCUUUACAUGUGUUACAAGAUGUUUCUGCUGUUGAUGUAAAUAUGGGCUGUCCAAAGGAUUACUCUGUUAAGGGUGGUAUGGGUGCUGCAUUACUGACAGAACCAGAAAAAGUCUACAAUAUUCUUACAACAUUAGUCAAAGGAAUUAAUAAACCUGUAACAUGUAAAAUUAGGAUUUUACCCACAUUUUGUUUUUCUAUUAGGGAGAAGCAUGAGAGGUCUCAUCAACCAGUUCAUAAAGAYGUAAUUAGGGCAGUAGCCGAUGCACUGUCUAUUCCUGUCAUUGCUAAUGGUGGCUCUUUGGACAUAACRACAUUUGAAGAAAUGAAAAAAUAUAAACAAGAAACUGGUUGCUCAUCUGUGAUGGUUGCUCGGGCAGCUCAAUGGAAUUUAUCAAUUUUUAGGAAAGACGGUCCUUUACCAAGAACACAAGUAGUAAAGGAGUACAUAAAGACUGCAAUAGACUGUGAUAAUUUGUUUAGUAACACAAAGUUUUGUGCCAUUACAUUGAUGCAUGACGAACAUACUACUGACUUGUCACAAAAGCUGACAGCAUCUAGUGAUAUGGAAGAAAUGAGUGCUCUUGUUGAUCUUCUUCCCUACUACAAGAGCUGUCUGGAGAGAAGAGUCAUUUACGAUAGAACAGAGAGUGAAAAUCAACCAGAGCCAUUAUUCACUGUCACCAAAAGGAAAUUAAGCGACGAAGAAUUCUGUGAUGUCUAUGAAAUGAAAAUUAAAUUUAUCAGAAAGAAUUAUCCAAAUGCAGUAACUCCGAAAGUAAUUCUAACAAAUAUGACAAGAAAACAAAAGCUGAAACCGCCAGUUUAUGAUACGAUUAUCGAGGAUCAAACCAAAGCUUUUCGAAGUACAGUGACUGUCGACGGUAAAAAAUACACCUCAACUGAAUGGGAAAAAAGUAAAARGUUUGCWGAGCAGGCUGCAGCAAUUGUUUGCCUUCAAGCAYUAGGAAUCCAUGAUGGGAGAAUCAAGCAAGAGCUAUAGCAAUUUACUUUGUAGACACGCCCACUGGUUAAUCACGUGACUAUUGUGGACCUUAAAAGUGG